AUGUCUCCGACUUUUACAGAUUUAUGUGGUGAAUCUGACUCAAUAACACAACAAACUAAUGAUAUUCUAUAUAAAAUUAACAAAAUAGAAAAAGAAGAACUUGAACAAUUGGAGGGGUAUUUAAUGCUAAGAGAACAACAACAAUCACUUAAAAAAAAACACGACGAAUUAUUCAAAAAACUACAAUAUUUAUCAGAUAAAUAUAAUAAUAAAUUACCGAGAAGAUUAAAAGAUGCCUUGAAAAAAUUUCAAAAGCCCAGCAAAAACAAAAGCGAUGUUCAUGUUCAUAAUAAUGAUAUCUUUGGGAGGAAUGGUAUAAACUUUUAUAAAAAUGAAUCAACAACUACAAUCGACGAAAUUAAUCGGAAUUAUUUACAAUCAAGAUUGGAUUGUUCAAAUAAACUAAUGCAAGUUAAACGUGAAUUAUUCAAAUGCAUAGAAGAACAAAAUGUGGUUGAUCAGAAUAAAGAAAGUUUGAAAAAGAAAAAACAAAAAUUACAACUGGAAAAACAAUCUUUAUUAGGGUUAAAACAAAAAUUGGAACAAAAACAAAAUGAUUUGAUGUUAACUGGUUUUUUGGGAAAGUGA